GUAUCCAGUAGAGAUGAGCUCACUGCAGUUACUUAAUUAAAAAUUUGUAAGCUGCAAAAAUGGUAAUGGGCCAGUCAAGAACAGCUACAAUUUGAAAUUUUCUAUUUCCAGAAAAUGCUUGGGACAGAAGAGAUGAGUACUAUUUCUGCUAAGGCCUAGAAUUGCCUACUAUAUAAAUCGUCUUGAUUAGGCAAUAUACGAAUGGCCCAAGGAAGCCACCAAAUUGAUUUUCAGGUUUUACAUGACCUGCGACAAAAAUUCCCUGAGGUACCUGAAGUUGUUGUAUCCAGGUGCAUGUUACAGAAUAAUAAUAACCUGGAUGCCUGCUGUGCAGUUCUCUCUCAGGAGAGUACAAGAUAUCUUUAUGGUGAAGGAGACUUGAAUUUUUCGGAUGAUUCUGGAAUUUCUGGUCUACGCAAUCACAUGACUUCUCUCAACUUGGACUUACAGUCACAGAAUGUUUACCACCAGGGGAGAGAAGGAAAUAGAAUGAAUGGAAGUAGGACUCUGAUGCACAGCAUUAGUGAUGGACAGCUUCAAGGCGGUCAGCCCAGUAAUGAACUAUUUCAGCAGGAACCACAGACAGCACCAGUUCAAGUUCCUCAAGGCUUUAAUGUUUUUGGGAUAUCCAGUACAUCUGGUGCUUCAAAUUCCACACCACAUCUUGGAUUUCACUUAGGCAGCAAAGGAACUUCUAACCUUUCUCAGACUCCCAGAUUUAAUCCCAUUAUGGUAACCUUAGCCCCAAAUAUCCAGACUGGUCGUAAUACUCCAACAUCUUUGCACAUACAUGGUGUACCUCCACCUGUACUUAAUAGUCCACAGGGAAAUUCUAUCUAUAUUAGGCCUUACAUUACAACUCCUAGUGGUACAGCUCGACAGACACAGCAACAUUCUGGCUGGGUAUCUCAGUUUAAUCCCAUGAACUCUCAACAGGUCUAUCAGCCUUCACAACCAGCUCCCUGGACUACUUACCCUACAUCUAAUCCUCUGUCACAUACCUCAGCCCAGCAGCCAAACCAGCAAGGCCACCAGACCUCUCAUGUCUACAUGCCCAUCAGCUCGCCUACUACUCCACAACCACCAACAAUCCAUUCGUCUGGUAGCUCACAGGCUUCGGCGCAUAGCCAGUAUAACAUUCAGAAUAUUUCAACAGGACCUCGAAAAAACCAGAUUGAAAUCAAACUUGAACCCCCACAGAGAAACAGUUCGUCAAAAUUGCGUUCGUCUGGAGCUCGGACCCCCAGCACCUCCUCUUCCAUCAAUAGCCAAACCUUAAAUAGAAAUCAGCCCACUGUUUACAUAGCUGCCAGCCCCCCAAGUACUGAUGAGGUGAUGUCCCGUAGCCAACCUAAAGUCUAUAUUUCAGCUAAUGCCACAGGAGAUGAGCAGAUGAUGCGGAAUCAGCCUACCCUCUUCAUUUCCACAAACUCGGGUGCCUCUGCUGCCUCCCGGAAUGUGUCUGGGCAAGUGAGCAUGGGUCCGGCCUUUAUUCAUCACCAUCCCCCCAAAAGUCGGGCCAUGGGCGGUAACUCAGCAACGUCUCCUCGAGUGGUGGUUACUCAACCCAAUACAAAAUACACGUUCAAAAUCACAGUUUCUCCCAACAAGCCCCCUGCAGUCUCACCGGGGGUGGUGUCCCCGACCUUUGAACUUACAAAUAUUCUAAACCAUCCCGAUCAUUAUGUAGAAACAGAAAACAUCCAGCACCUCACGGACCCUGCCUUAGCACAUGUGGAUAGAAUAAGUGAAGCACGGAAGUUGAGUAUGGGAUCUGAUGAUGCUGCCUACACACAAGCUCUCUUGGUACACCAGAAGGCCAGAAUGGAACGACUUCAAAGAGAACUUGAGAUGCAAAAGAAAAAGCUGGAUAAACUAAAAUCUGAGGUCAAUGAAAUGGAAAAUAAUCUAACUCGAAGGCGUCUAAAGAGGUCCAAUUCCAUAUCCCAAAUACCUUCACUUGAAGAAAUGCAACAGUUGAGAAGUUCUAAUAGACAGCUCCAGAUCGACAUAGACUGCUUAACCAAAGAAAUUGACCUGUUUCAAGCCCGAGGACCACAUUUUAAUCCCAGCGCUAUUCAUAACUUUUAUGACAAUAUUGGAUUUGUAGGUCCUGUGCCACCAAAACCCAAAGAUCAGAGGUCCACCACCAAAACACCAAAGACUCAGGACACAGAAGAUGAUGAGGGGGCUCAAUGGAAUUGUACUGCCUGUACUUUCUUGAACCAUCCAGCCUUAAUCCGCUGUGAACAGUGUGAGAUGCCCAGGCAUUUCUGAGCCAGAAGGCCCUGUAUUUUCUCUAAAGCCACGUCUGAAGUUCAAGAUCUAGUCUAUCAUCAGGAGAAAAGUUUCACUUUUACACAGAAUUUUGUCAAAUUGAAGGCGUGACAGGAUGGCAUCGUACUAAUGUUAAGUAUCAAGCCACAGAGCGAGUAAUACCUCAGCCUAAAGUCCUGGGCAGUUAAAAUUUGUCAUAUGGAAGGUGAUCUGCUGAGAGACUCAGUUGCCCGCUGCUUGACCACGGACAGUGUUACCAAUAGCCAAUUGUGAAUCACUCAUCUGUUGAGGUGUUCCCAAUACCUUUUCCCCUCGUGUCACUACUGAAUUUUGACAGGAGGAAGGAAUAAAACUGGCUUUUUUUUUUUUAAGCUUUUGGUGAAACACUACGAACAUGAGUAAAAGGAACAAGGUUCAACUAUUUAAAAAGUGUUUGCUGCCUCAUAGUGCCAAUUGGAUAGGGGAAGAACUGCACACGCCUGUGGUACUCUUGACCUAGUCUUGUCUUCCCAGAAAGUGUCCAUUUUGUGAAGCCCAGCAUCUGGAGUGUAAAGGAAAGGGAAGCAGCAUGCAUUAUCUGUACAAACACGCAGUGAAAUAUCCCAAUGCUUUUCCUACUGUACAGAUCUCUCAAAUCUGCCUAAGUGAUUUCUCCUCUUUAUUAUUUUCUUAUAUUUCUAUAUGUAUAGUGUAAUAGUCUUUUUGUUAACUAAUUUUCUUUUUCCUUUUAGUGAUUAAGCACGAUCAUGUGCCUUUUUAAGCCUUACCUGAGAGAAGCAAUGCCUUAAAAUAAAAAAGCAUUAAUGAAACUGUGCACAAAUAACUUUUUCAUCUACUUAUUCUGUACUUGGCCCUCAUGAGUGCCAGUGUUCUGUGAAGACGUACAGAUGCUUCAUAAGAUUGCAGAAAAGAUGACCAGUCCUGUGUCUGUAGAUCCCACUAUGUACUGACUUCAGCAGUGGGUGACAGAAAGCACAGUGCUUUCACAGGCAGGUUUCAAGCCAAAGGUGAUUGUAGCUCACAGCCAGAGCAGCAGAUCCAGCUGGCUUCAUCUGCCCAGGGCCCACAGGACUUCCACUUCCACAGUUGUCUAGGGAAGGACAGUAUCAGAGCCAGCACUGCAGUGGUGCCUGCGGCCCAAUUUGAGGAAAGAAGUGUAAAUGCUUCACUGUUGGGCUAGUCUGUCUCCAAAUCUGUCUUGGUGGCAACAUUGUUUGUGUUUAUAAAACAAGGCUAGUCAUAUUUAGGACAACUGAAGAAAAGCUGGAAAAAAUAAAAACAAAACAAGCAAACUUGAACACUGAAGCAACCUCAAACAUCUCUGUGUUUUUAUGAUAUAUUUUUAUAAGGAAAAUAAAUACUCAGAUGAUCAGGAAUGUAUAUAACUAAAUGAAAUCAUGAAAAAUAAAUAACAGUAUACAUUUCAAAGAAUUAUGAAACUAUCAGUACUUAGAAUGGGGCUAAGGAAGUGCUGACUUGUGCUAAAAGUGAAGAUGGAAGAGAAUGUAGAGUGUCACCCGUUGUAAAUGUUUGCAAAUGGAUAUUUUUUAAAUAACGAGUAUUACAGGUGACCUAGAUGAAUAUAAAAGCCUUGACUUUGGCUUUGCAUUUUGUAUAUGAGAAGAAAUAUGACAAUCCUUGUUAAUUAAACAUUAGACCCAAUGCCCUUACAUUUGAUGCAUUUUGUUUUAAAAAUAGGCCUUGUUUUUCAGCUUCAUCUGCAAUUCUAUGUGAAGAUUGAUAAAUCAGUUUUUACUUGUUUUAUUAAUAAAACGUAAUUUGGAUAUCUUGAGUUGAUGGUUUUGUGAUUUAGCUGGGUAAACUAUCUUUGUAACAGAUAAGUUAUUUAUAAAAAUUAAAAAACUUAUAUUCUGUUUUGGA